CGCUGCUGAUAUAUAUUUCUUUUGUGUCGUUUCCGUUUCUUUCUCGCAUACUUUUAACUCGCCGAAAAUGAUUUUCACAUGCAGACGAGUGUCGACGGUAGAAUUAAAUAACCAGCGAUGAUUUCAAUACGUUUAUUGUUCCGUAUCGAUCGCAAUUAACAAGUCUUUUGUAAAAACGCAUCGCGCUAACCUACACGCUGCCGUAACGGAUUUCGAAAAUCCCAAUUUUACGAAAUAUGAGUGCAGUAACGAGUUAAUAUACUACAAUACGUGAGUGCAUAGUGAUCAAGAACACCAUAGUGAUCAAGAAUACCAUACGAUGUAUCCACGGAGAUGGUUAAGAACGAAGGAGCAACCAGGAGAAAGAAACAGAACGAAACCAGACACUGGAAGAAGAAGCAAACAGAUAUGCAACGACGGAGCAUCGACUGGCCGCGAACGCGUGUAAGCACCUUGAAGAACUACAAAGAAGUCUGAGAGGUGGAUGAGGCUCAGAAAGGGCAUCGGGCGUCGGCGGAGCAACUUUAGGAUCAACUUAUGAACUCCGCUGCUGCGCAUCGUACCGAUUUAUGGGUAGAUGCAUCCACUUAGACCAUGGGCUCGACAGAGUAUCGCUUGUGCUGAACCAGUGAAGACGAUCUUUUAACGACAGAAUCGAUAUUAAACAUAAAAAGAUGUCGCAGAUUCUGCAAGGACUUCCUACUGAAACGGAAAACUUUACUCAACUUUUCCCAACUUAUGGAAUUAUUUAUGAACUCUUCCCGGAAAUUGUAUCUGAGCAGGAUUUAGUGGGAAAGCGGCAAGAUACACUGCCAAGUUGGGCUGAAAGUGACUAUAUUAACUCGAGGAGUUUUAAUUUAAAUCUCCCAAGUUCUCUCGAGAUCAAUUAUACUGAAGAUAUAUCUAAAAAACCAGACACAUUUUUAUUUGCAUCGGAAAGUGCAGUCGUUUCUAAAGAGAAUGAUAGUACAGAGAAUUUUUCGAGGAUUUUCUCAGACUCGCACUUGCAGAAACACAUGGACAAAAAAGUUAAUGAUUCAAUUGCUUUGCCUACUCAAUCACCCCCAAAAGCUCCUGAACCUAAAAGAAGAAGUGCAUAUACUACUAAGAAAAAUACAAAUGCAACAAAGACACGAGGAAAGAAAGAAAAUAAAAGAAUUAAGCAAAAUAAAAAGCAGGAAGAAAAUAUAAAAGUCAAGCAAGUUCAAAAGAAAGAAAAUAUAAAAAUCAAUCAUGAUCAAAAGAACCAAAAUGCAGAAGUUAAACAAGAGGAAUCAGAAGAUUGUAUAGAUGUUGAAACAAUACCAGAUGAAAUACCAGUGCUACAAGCUCUUGACGUAGAGAGUUUGCUUGAACAAUUUGAGGCUUCUGAAAAACAGGAAGUGUUACCAAUUCAAUGUAAUAAAGCAGAGAUCAAAAAGGAUUCAAUAUCUUAUAUGAAUUCUACUAAAACACAGCAAGUAACGAAGAAUGAAGAUCAGAAUAACAUGCCAAAGAAAUCUCCGCGAACUUGCAUUCCACAGCAAAACUCACCACCGAAAGAAGUAAUUGAUAGGAUAAAGGCAUCAGCUCCGAAGAAACAUAUUUCUAUAAUACCAGCCAUGCCAAAAACUACGAAACACUGUGAAACAACUAGAAAACCUGUAGCAAAUUGUAAUAAGAAUAUAAAGGCAUAUAAAGAAUGUGAAUUAAUAGCGAAGACAGUAAGACCAAGGAGUCCAAAUAUUUGCAGGGUUCCGAUAAUUGGAGACCAUGAUUAUUGCAAUCCAAUUCUUCCUAGUACGAAACACUUGCUUAGUAAAUAUUGUUCUAAUUUAAAAUUGAAUCAAACUAAAGUGAUAAGAAAUAAGAUUUACAAUGAAACCAAAGAACAUGACAGUAAUUCGAAGGAACAACUUCAUCACUCUACCAGACUCGAGGAAUUGCCUUGUAGUACUGAUCCGAAAUUGGCUAAAACUAAUGUAUUUAAUAAGAUUGAAAAACAAGCAACUUUUACCUUAACGAUCACAAAAACAGAUGGAACCAACGACAUUGCUGCUGAAAAUAAAUACAAGUGUCAGAAGAUUCCCUUAGAACAAUCUCAAGAAAAUAAUUUAUCAUCCAUGAAAAAUGUGGACGCUCCAAAUAAAUAUUCUAAAAAAAGAUCUGUUAUAAAUGAAGUGAAGAUUCGCUCUGCUUUGGCUGCAAGCAUUAUAGAAUCACGGAAUAUGCAAGCGAGUGGUAAAAUACAAAUGAUGUCCGUGUUAAAAAAACCACCAAAUAUAUCACAGUCUUCGCUUUUAAAGAGUAACUCUAGUGAAAAUGUAGCGUCCAUUCCAAGCAAUAUGAACAAGUAUCUUGAACGAGUACAGGAUUUAAUCGUACAAAAUACUUCAGAAUCGCCAUCACACGAAGAAAAAAAGAAACAGCCUCGUAAAAAAUUGAAUUUGGCAGAAUAUCGAAAUAGAAGAGAUCUAAAUAGUAAUAAUAAAACGAAUUCUCUGGCACAAUCCACAACAUGGAAGUAUGUUUAUCAUGCUUUCACUAUGACAGAGCCGAUUAAAGACAACUUUAACAAUCCAAUUUGGUCCGAAAGAGAAUUUAUAAUGGAAGAAUCAGAUAUCGAAAAAACAAAGAACAAGGCAAAAUUACAAACUCGUAGUAUAGGAAUACAAACAUAUGAAACUGUCUUUGAAUUUUCAAAGUCAUUGAUCGUAGAAAAAAGUGAAGAAGUCAUUGUAGAGGGAAGCGAAGAAAGGAAAGAAAACGACAUAAUAAUAGAAAACAUAAACGAAGAAAGUCCCAGCAAUAAACAUAAUCUUUCUAACAGUUUAAGUAAAUCUAGUUUGCAAAGCAAGACUAAGCGCAAGAAAAGUAGAAGCAGAAGUAAAAGUAGAAGUAGAACUAGCAUUGGAAACAGACCUGGGAGCAAAAGUAGAAGUAGGAGCAGAUCAAUAAUAAUCAUAGAUACAGAUGAUAGUGAAAGCGAAAGCAGCAACAGAAGUAGGAGCAGGAAUAGGAAUAGCAACAAGAACAGGAACAGGAACAGGAACAGGAGCAAAAGUAGGAGCAAGAGCAGGAGCAAGAGCAAGACCAGGACCAGUACCAGGACCAGGAUAGGGAUCAGGAUCAGGACCAAAAGUAAAUCCAGGAGCAGGAGUAGAAGCAGAACAAGAACCAGGAGCAGAUGCAGAAGCAUAAGUAGGAGUAGGAGUAGGAGUAGUAGAAGUAGAAGUAGAAGUAGAUCCCGCAGACACAGCAAUACUCGUCGACGAAAACUGAGUCAUCGACGCAGCUCUGUUAGUUCAAUGAGCAGUUGGUCAUCGCAAUCGCGGUCAUACGGAACAUCUAUUUCUAGAUCAAGUUCCAGAUCCAGAACUUCCUCACACUAUCACUCCAGUUGUUCAAGGUCUUCUUCUGAUUCCAAUUUUGGAAGAAAUAGAUGGUCAAAUUACCAUAGAAACGAUAACGCCGAACGCGAGAGAAAUUUUGAUAAAUACCAGAGACAGUCUUACAGUCAUCGUGUCUAUAGAAAUUUGAGAUCAUCACCGAAGCAUUCCUACGAUAGAUCCUAUGAUUCUGAUCGGUUCUACAAAGAGACGAAGAGAAAAGAUGUAGAGCAACGUAAGAUACUUUACGUAGGUCGUCUAAACGAAGGAGUCACUAAGGCGGACUUGACCAAUAGAUUUGAAAUGUAUGGACCCAUCAAAAAUAUCAGUCUCCACUUUAAUAAGAACGGCAAUAACUAUGGUUUCGUCACUUUUGAGCAUAGAGCUGAUGCUUAUCACGUCAAAGAGCACGGUAAUGACGAUCCAUCUUUACCUAGAUAUGAUUUAUCCUUUGGUGGCCGUAGAACUUUUUGUCAAGAUACGUAUACAGAUCUUGAUAAUAUGUCGAAUAGUUCAUCAAUUAACAGACUACCUCAAGCAGACGAGCAAUCUUUCGAUUAUCUCUUGCAGAAAGCACAAGCUCGCAUGAAAAAGAAAGUUUGACAUACGUACUAUCUAAUAAUUAUAGAUAUAAUUUGAAUUAGGACAACAUAUUAUUAUUAAUAUAUAGUUAGUAGGGAUAGGAUAAAGUAUAUUCCGAACAGAUCGGUUCCGUAACUGUACGUGCUUACAAAAGUGUAAGCUAUAAUAUUUACGGGACCAAAUGUCUCAAAUUGAAGACAUAAAUCCACCCUUAGACAAACUUACGAAAAUGUAAGUUGAUAUGUAUAAUGGGACUAAAUGUUUUAAACCUAAAGAUGGUAUAAUGAUACCAUUCUUUAGAUGGUCUACGACGGACGUCGAAGUCGUUCUACGAACGUCUAUGUCGUUAACUUAUGUUUUACAUUCAAAAUAUUUGGUCCUUUGUAUAGCUUGCAUUUUUGUAAAUCAUCAUUAAGCCGGUAUCUCACAACUGGUGGUUUAUCAUGACUCGUGACUUGCUUAAUAUAGGUACUUGCAUAUGCUCGAUUUGCAAAAUGAUAAGCAACAAGCUAUAAUAAGCCGUGCAUCAAUGCACAUUAACUUGUGACAAUUCGCGGCUUGGAUAGUUUGUUCAUUUUCAAUUCAUCGAGCUUAGUUUGAAAUAGAUAGUAAAACUACAAUACAUAUAUUUUUCGAUAAGCCUAUGCAAGCAUCGAAAAGCAAGUCACGGUUCAACGGCGCGCGAUUGGCGGCUCGUGGCUCGGAAAGUUUGACUUUGACUUGAGACUUAUUUUCCGAUACUCAACGGAAAGCCUUAAGCCACAAGCAAUGGCAAGUUACCCUAUCUUACGAUUUGUGAAUGAUUUGUUGUAGCUUGCCUCGACGAGUCUCUACCAGCUAUGAAAUACUGGCUUUAGACAGUCUACAUAGAUAUAUUGGAUUAUAUUAUUUCAUUAAAUCUAUUAUAAAUAAUAGAUUUAACGCAAAUUUAGUAUAUUUUCCAAAUCUAAACUGUUGCUAACAUUUGAAUAUGUUUUGGUUUAAAUCUAUUACCUGUAAGUAAUAGAUUUAAAUACUGAAUUUGAUCCUAUCCCACAAGGAACAGUGCAUUUUAGUACUGUUUCUUGAUAGUAUAAUUCUUGAUAGUGUGUAUUGGGGACGUGCGAACACCCGAAAUUUUCGGGUAUCUGAUGUUUGAUUCGAACUUCUUACCCUAAAUCUUUCGGGUAUUCGGUAUCUUGUUUUAAUCGAAUCUAAUCUAAUUUUUUGUCAGCAAUGAUGAAUGUUAUCGGAUUUUCGAUUCUUUCCGAAUUAGAAAUAAGAUUCGGUUAAUUGAAAAUAUUCAAGUUAACUGAACUUAGUGAGUACCUGAACUUAACAACGCCAUUCGAAUCGAACCUUAUUAGUAUCCGCACAUCCCUAACAGAUACAAUAGUUCCCGAAUAAGAAUAUAAUAUAAGUUCCCACAUAUUUUUCACUGUUUAGGAACCGAAAGAUACUCUUCCUGCAUUCCUGUAUUCCUGUAUUUCCUAUCCGAGCCUUACCUGAAUAUCAGCCCGCAUAUCGACUUCAAGGAUUAUGUGAUACCAAAUAAUGAGGUUGGCUGUAUGAGAUGGUUUCCUUUGAGGUAUGAGAUAUGUAGUAUUAUCUUGUUUUUUCUUAUUAUCCUAUUUUCGUCCUCGGUGAUCCGAAGAGAUUUAUGAAUUAGUUCCUGAGAAACAGAUAAACCGCAAUUAGCAAUUGAAGUCAUCAGUCAGUUUCGAACAAAUUCUUGUAUUCCGGGAACUAUUGUAUAAUGACGAAAGGCAAUAUUCGCCUUGAUGUAAAUACAUAAUUCUUUUUAAAGUUUUCAGAAAUAUGUGAAUAUUCAGGCAUGAAUUCGAAUAUUCAUAUCUAAGGCAUUUUAAAUGCGUACAUCGAGUUUUUUUAUAGAUUCUUUGACCAUAUGUCGUAAUGUUAUUUAUUGCUACCCUCAUGAUUAUACACUUUAUAAUCGUUUUAAGCUUUUGGAUAUUGCUCCGCUCCGUAUAUAAUUAUUUUUUUAUGUGCUCCGCCUCGUAUGUAAUGCUUUUUUAUGUAUUUCCUUUUUAUAAUUUAAAAUUAGUCAACAAUUUUUACUGCCUUUUGUCAGAGUUGAAAUUUCUUUGUUGUUACCGAUGAUAGUAUUGACUAAUUUUGAUUUAUAAAAAGAAAUACUUAAUAAGAAAUUGUAUUUCACUUUGAUCACAAAACAACCAUGUACGUAUGUAUCAAUGAUUAAAUAUACAUAUUCAAAUCAUG